UCUAUUUGCUGCUCAGUUUAUACUUUAUCAUCAAUUAAGAUAAUGACUAUUUCCCCCAAUUUAGCUUGAUCCAAUUUUAGAAAGGAUUGUAAACAAUUCAGGACGUUAUCUUAUCUCCUUCUUGAUCAACACCAGCCACCACCUUCCGCCACUUUCCUCCUCCCUCUCGUCCACCCUUUGCAACCUCCCACGACCCAAAACGCCCACAACUUCCUUCACGUAAGAAAAAGGCCCCCCACUUCACGAUGACCAGCCAAUCCUUCACAACAAGCAACCCUCCAGUCCCUCGCAACCAGCCCGCCACCAUCACCUCCGAAGCCCGGCCGACCCCGACCCACGGCCCAGGCGGCUCCUUCACCAUCAUCUCGUCCUGCUCCAUCGCCGCCCCUCCCGACGUCGUCGCCUCCGUGCUCCUCGACCACGCCGCCUGGCCCGAGUGGAACGCCUGGGUCCCCAGCUGCACCGUCGACUCGUCGCCUGCCCCGUCCCCAGCCGAGGAAGCUUCCUUUCCGCGUGGCGGUGGCGGCGAUGAUGCAGACAGGUACAUCAGGUGCGGCGCGAGGAUCACCCUCGACGUCCACCUAGACCUAGACAGGCCGUCGAGGAACACCAGGCAGUCGAUGGAGGUCACGGCCGUGGAGCCAUACGACGGCGGCGGCGGCGGUGAGGGGUGGAGGAUCGCGUGGAAGGGUGUGACGAUGCCGGGCUUCUUGCUGCGUACGGAGCGCGUACAGGAGAUGGUGAGCGACGGGAAGGGCGGCACCGAGUAUACCUGCUGGGAGACCAUGUACGGACCCCUGGCGGGCGUGGUGAGGUGGACGACGGGGGGCUUGCUGGAGAAGGGCUUCCAGAGGUGGGGGGAGGACCUUAAGAGGAGGGCUGAGGAGGUCGCUGCUGCGGCGUCUGGGUAA